GCAUAGAGAGACAGAGAGAGAGAGACAGACAGAGAGAGAGAGAGCGAGAGAGAGAGAGCUUGGUUGUCACUGGUGCAACCAGCUCAGGCAGCACACGGCGGCCCGCGCCUCUGGUCCCAUCUACCGUCUCCCUCCGUUCAUUUCUAUUCUCUUUUCCUGUUUCGCUCACUCCUUUCUUUCCAUGUAGCGGAGACAUGUCCCCCAGACCAGGAUUUUACCGACAGGAGCUCAACAAGACUGUGUGGGAGGUUCCGGAGCGGUACCAGAACCUGACGCCGGUUGGCUCCGGUGCCUACGGCUCGGUGUGUUCUGCGUAUGAUGUCGUCUCACGACAGAAGGUUGCGGUGAAGAAACUGUCGAGGCCUUUUCAGUCUCUGAUCCACAGCCGCCGCUCGUACCGGGAACUCAGAUUGCUCAAGCACAUGAAACACGAGAAUGUAAUAGGGCUGCUGGAUGUCUUCACACCUGCUGCAACAUUAGAGGACUUCAACGAACUCUACCUGGUGACUAACCUGAUGGGCGCGGACCUCAAUAACAUCGUUAAAUUUCAGAGGUUGUCAGACGAGCAUGUGCAGUUCUUAAUUUACCAGCUUCUCCGUGGCCUCAAGUACAUCCAUUCAGCGGGAUUGAUCCACAGAGACCUCAAGCCAAGUAAUGUGGCAGUAAAUGAGGACUGCGAGCUGCGGAUCCUUGACUUUGGAUUGGCCCGACAGACAGACGAUGAGAUGACAGGGUAUGUGGCGACUCGCUGGUAUCGAGCGCCGGAGAUCAUGCUGAACUGGAUGCACUAUAAUCAAAAUGUUGAUAUCUGGUCAGUGGGAUGCAUUAUGGGAGAGCUGCUGAAGGGAAAAGUCCUUUUUCCUGGAACUGACUAUAUUGACCAGCUGAAGAGAAUCAUGGAAGUAGUUGGGACUCCGACACCUGACCUGCUAAAGAAGAUCUGCUCGGAACAUGCGCAGAAGUACAUCCAGUCUCUGCCCUUCAUGCCCCAGCAGGACCUGGGAAAGAUCUUCAGAGGAGCAAAUCCACUAGCUGUCGAUCUUCUGAAGCGUAUGCUGGUUCUGGACUGUGAUGGAAGGAUCUCGGCCAGCGAGGCUCUUUCCCACCCUUACUUCUCACAGUACCACGACCCAGACGAUGAGCCAGAGGCCCCGCCUUACGACCAAACGCUGGAGAGUAAAGACCGAACUCUAGAAGAAUGGAAAGAGUUGGUAUUCGAAGAGGUGAACAGCAUCAAAGCAUCCGGCAGCAAGACUGAUAGCCUUCAGGUGGAGCAGUAAGCCUGUUUCUGCUCCGCCCCAACCUCACCCUAAAGAAGGACCACGUACUCAGUGAUUGGGAGAAAGACUGUGGCAAGCCAGCUGAAGAAAACCCUGCAUUCCCACUGCUCAGCGUGACUUUGUUUGAUUGCCUGUCAUGAGUUUAUUUGAGCAGCAGGGCAGGCCGGUCUUCACGUCAUCAGAUGCACACAUUGCAAUUACAGGGAGCAUUUUAGAAUCUGAUAGAAGGAGCUUUCCAGUCCACAAAGUUGCUUCCUCUUAUGUUUCCGCUCAGUGAGGGUAAAAUGAGGAAGAAUUCUCAGCGUCAGGGAUGGCAGAGGACGUGAGGAUUCAUAUGAGGGAGCAAUUUUACGGAACUGAACUGUGUUUACAGACUGAUAGAAAGGUUUCGAAGGAAGAAAAAGAAACGCACACUAGGAUUUCCAAAGCAAUGAGAGAGUGCCGUCUCGUCCCUCAUGAUGACAAAUGCCAUAAGCAGUCAGUGCUUUCAUAUAUGGGAUUCAUGUUUAAAGGCUUGCAGCAAUGCCACGUCAUGUCACAGAGCAGCUUAGCAUUUAUCCUGCAUGAUUUAUGUGCAUUUUAUUAUUACAGAAUAUUACUGGUAUUGUAUUAUAUAACCAUAAGACUGCUUAUUGCAUCUGCCACACUGCUAUAAAAGCAGCCUGAGGGUCAGAGAGUGGCAUUACCAGGAAAUGUGAUCAACUUUUGUUUUAUCUUUAUCUUUUCCGUGCAGUAAAAAAAAAAAAAAAAUACAAAAGCAAACAAAAAGUACUGUUCUUCCUCGGAUGAGAGUCGGCCUCUCCUGCUUACAGAGUAGUAAACACCAACUGUGCUAUUAAUUAGCAAGGUAAUUAAUAUAUGCCAAAGCUGGAGCAGAAUGACUGUGCUGCAGGUCUGUGUUUACAGUGCGACCUCGCUUCUCAUAUACAGUUUCCGCUGAUGGCUGAUUUCUGAUCACCUGUUGGCUUUGGCGGCAGUUCCAUAGUUCUCUGCAGUGUCUUUUACAGCCCCGGGUUGUGUUUACAAUAAUUAAGAUUACGGGCAUUUUGUAAACUGUUAGAAAAUGUGCUGGAUAGUAACUUAUUACCCAGCUCCAUGCGAAUCAUGACUAGUCAAACACUCAAAGCUGAUGAUUCCCAACCAGGGAGCUCAUUUCUGAUCUUUCAUGUUUCCUUUUCUUCAUUUUAGUUUUCAUGAUGCUUGAGUGUAAUAUUGAAAACAAUGCAUAGUCUAUACAUUCAUUCGUGACCAUAGCAUUAAAGCACUGGGGAUGAAUUUACCUCGAUUGUGGAUAUUUCAGUAACACUGCAGUUCAUAGCUUAUUGCAACAUUAGAACGCCCUCACAGUAACAUUUGUAUAAGCAGCAUGAGCUCAAUGAGUAUGCCCACAUUGACAAUGUGUCACUCAUCUUGCACCAGACUGGAGUUUUAGUUCUACAAUCUUUUUGCUGAGGUAGAAAUAAUCUGCUGGUAUAAACCACAGCGUGCAGUGUGUCUGUGAAAAUGUCAAGAGUUGAAAGUGGACACACUGAUAUUGGGAAAUUUAGGACUCUUAUCAUAGCUGGAUUCCUGAACAGGCAAAACAGACGCAGGCCCUCUGGCUUUUACCAACAAAAUUACACCACCAAGAGACCACAAAAUAUUACAAAGAAACUUACAACAAUGAAAAGAGGCAUAACAACAAUAAAGUGACACAAAAUGACAACUAAUAGGCACAAAAAACUACAAAGAGGAAAAAAGAUUACUACAAAGUGACACAAAAUGAUAGAUACAAAGAGAGAUACAAAAUGACCACAAAUAGACACAAAACUACAGAGAGGUGCUUAUACUGGAACUGGAUACAGUUUGGAUACUAAUGGCAGGUGUAAAGCAGAUUAAUGUUUCCUAAUUUAGUUGCCUAACCUGACUUUCAAAUGCGAUGUAGUUCUUUAGAUUAGCUAAAAAGCUAAAAGGUAGCUCUAAUUUAAACCCAGUCAGAUAGACUUUAAUAUUAAUGUAGGGAGCGUGCCUAUGUUCCCCGGGUCCUAUGUUCCCCUCUUUGUAUGAGACUGGGGAACAUAGGAACCUUUUCCUCGCUUUUCCCAAAAAGGGUCCUAUGUUCCCCGGUCUGUUACUUCCCCCAUACUGCCAAAUUCCAUGGCAAAUAGGCCUAUGUAGGCCUACAGGCUGUUUGACGCGCAUACGAAAUAGCCUAGACAAGGAAAGAUUAGGUCAGGGAUGGCAAACCUGCGGGUCUCCAGCUAACCCUAACCCUAACCCCACAACAGUGGGGAACAUAGGACCCUUUUUGGGAAAAAAAUGGGGAACAUAGGACCUUUUUUUUUCUUCUAAAAAAGGGUCCUAUGUUCCCCGAGCGGGGAACAUAGGACCCGGGGAACAUAGGGAUGACCCCUUCUUGGGGUUAGCUAAAAAGCUAAAAGGUAGCACUAAUUUUACCCCAGUAAACUAGAUUUUAAUAGUAAUGUACUAGCAUAAAUGCAGUGUGGAUUAUACACAUGGUUGGCACUCAAGCUCAUCUGAGGUUUCAUUUUAAGAUAUGUGAUGAUCAACAGAAUACAAAGAAACACUAGCUACCUUGAUUAGCUAGCUAGGUUUUAAUAUAUCACUUGAUUAGCAAGUAAAACUGGUUCUUUGGUUUAGCCCACUCGAGUCUAACCAAACCAAGGAGAUUAUUUCUGCUUCAAAGAAAAGAAUAGUACAACUGAAUCAUCAAUUCACCAUUUUGGAAUCAUUUUUAAGAUGAGGAAGAAAAGAAAGAUACUCUUAACUAUUUUUUGCCUGUAGUGGUUCAUACUGGAGUGCUACAUGUAGCCUUUUUGUGAAAGUCGUCCAUUAACACUGGAUGCAGAUGUUGAAUUUACAGUCCAAAUUAAUUGAAACUGUCUGUCUCAGUCAAAGUGUGUUAGAGCUCUGAAUGUUAAAGUGUAAUGUGCUUGUAUAUGUGGUGGAUAUGAAUAGUAAACUGCAAAUCGAAUGUAAAUGUAAACUGUAUGUAUGUAUGUUAACAGUAAGAGGUGUCUUUUGAAUACAUGGUGGCAUGUAAUUCAACGGUAGCCAUGAGUUUCAAAUCACUAAACUGAGUGUCAGCUGUCAGUUUUCAAAUUAUUUCAGAUGAUUUUCUCAUUCAUCAUCAACGGGUAACAUGACUUUGCAAGUCUUGGCUUCAACAGAAUAAACACCAUCAGUUCUGUUAACAUUG